AGAGACAGUCGUUGGGUUGCCGCGAGGCUGCUCGCAUCGCGUCGAACCGAAAGAAAAACGGGCCCCCACACCCUCGUGUGCUUCGUGUUCCGUGCUUAUGCCAGUCGGUUUCCCCCCUUUAUCUCGCUCGUGCACCGUUUCCUCCUUCUCUCCUGCUUCUCCAACUUCCCCCCCUCCCCUCCGCCCGGUAUCGUGUGUUCGACGCUCGACGCCUCGUACCGUACCGUACCGAUUGCCAGUGACGCGCGUGCAGCUCGCGUACACGAAGCGUGUGAUCGAUCGGCUCGCCGCGUUUCCCCCGAGCGAUAGAUAGCGAACUGGAUCGCGGGAGCUCGCCGCGCGGAUCCGUCGCGAGAAAACGGGUGGUGCAAGAGUAGUGCGGUCGUGUGCGACGUCGUGUCUUCUGAGAUAGCGGUUCGUUGAUCGGGGAGAGUGGCGCGAGUCUCGUACGCCGGGAAGCUCUUGAAUCCUGCGAGCACCGGUGGAAGCGGAAGAAGCGAAAGGAGACACGCGUUCGCCGAGUUUCGCACGAGUUUUUCACGCGUUCGUUCGGUUCGUCGGGACCGUUGGUGAAUUAAUUUGUCAUAGAUCGUAGAACUCGAUCUCCGUGGAUCGACGACGUGGUGCGUCGAUUUCCACGAUUUUUCGUGCGAGCAAGAGGAACAGUGCCGCGUCUAGUGCCGAUGAAAACAGUGACUAGCGGUGGGUGAUGAUCAGUGAGCCCACCGUUUCGAAUGAAGUGGUUUUAGGAUGAUGGUGGAGCGUGUCGAGGACCAUCUCUUCAUGUAUCGACGUCCCGUCUACCGGGUCUUCCAGUACCUCGAAACCACCGACCAUGAGGGGAUGAGCACUGGCGUGGGAGAUGGUGGUGGCGGCGGUGGUGGCGGUGUCCAGGGCUCCGGCGGCGGAAGGAACACGCCGCCCCAUGGAUCGCCCACCCCCAUGGACAAGGCCACGCUGAAAGUCCAUCUACCCAACGGUGGCUUCAACGUGAUCAAGUUCGGCGACGCGAUCGACGUUCGAGGGAUCAUCUCCCUCGUGACUAGUCGGUUGGCGGUCGGCACGAGACACUACCGAAAUCUCUACGCCAUGAGGCUGCAUCACCCUGGGUCGGGGGAGAGUUACUGGUUGCACCAAGACACCACCAUGUAUCAGGUUCAAGAGAAGUACGAGAAAAAGCAUCCGAACUGCGAGUGGAGGUACGAACUGAGGGUGAGAUACCUGCCGCAGAAUCUGAACGAUCUCUACGAGAAGGACAAAGUGACCUUCUACUACUACUACGACCAGGUUCGAAACGAUUACCUGUGCGCGAACCACGCGACUCUCGACCAAGACGUGGCGGUGCAGCUCUGCUGUCUGGAGAUCCGCAACUUCUACAAGGACAUGCCCCAGAUGGCCCUCGAUAAGAAGAGCAACCUCGAGUACCUGGAGAGAGAGGUCGGUCUGCACAAGUUUCUACCACGGUCCGUGUUGAACGGAAUGAAACCAAAGGCGCUGCGCAAGCUGAUACAGCAGCAUUUCAAGAAGGUGGCCGUACUCACGGAACUGGAUUGCAUGUACAAGUUCUUCGACCUGCUGAGGGCGCACUACAGAUUCGACCAGGAGAGGUUCACAUGCGCUCUCGGGGCCAGCUGGUCUAUACCCGUCGAACUAGUCAUCGGGCCAGAUUUAGGCAUUUCUUACAUGGCUCACAGAGGCGGAACGGUGCCGACGAGAAUGGCCGAGUUCUCCCAGAUACAGUCCAUCCAGACCCUGGUCUCGGACUGCAAGGAACACGCGAAGGCGUGUAUCAAGCUGAGGGUGGCCGGGGCUGCCGAGACUCUUAGCAUAACUUGCUCGAGUCUGGACCAGGCCGAGAGUCUCGCGGACCUGAUCGACGGCUACUGCAGGCUCGUCACCGGGAGCAACACCUCAUUGUGGAAUAGAAAAGCUGCAUCGUGGAAAAACUAUCCCUGUCCAUGCAAAGAUGCCCAUCCGCCGAAGUACAGACAAGACGGGUCCAACAGUCCGGAGAAGAACGUCAGCAAGACCGGGACCAUUUUAUCGGAGGACUACGCGGAGAUCGUCGACGAAGAGGGCGAUUACUCGACGCCAGCUACCCGAGACUACGAGAUUGUCAGAAACCAAGUGGAGCUGGGCGAGAUCAUCGGGAACGGACAGUUCGGCAAUGUACAUAAGGGUUCGUACAAAGGAAGGGACAACCAGGUAAUAGCUGUCGCCGUGAAGACAUGCAAAGUGGACGCGGAUCUCGCCACUUCCGAGAAAUUCCUCGAGGAAGCCUAUAUCAUGCAACAGUUCGAGCAUCCUCAUAUUAUACGAUUGAUCGGGGUCUGUUCGGAGGCACCGAUCUGGCUGGUGAUGGAGCUGGCCAGGCUAGGAGAGAUGCGGGCUUAUCUCCAGUCGAACAAACAGCGAUUGGACCUAGCCACGCUUCUGCUUUAUACCUUCCAACUGAGCACUGCCUUAUCGUACCUCGAGAGCAAGAAAUUUGUACACAGAGACAUCGCCGCAAGAAAUGUCUUGGUGUCGACGCACAAUUGCGUUAAACUGGCGGAUUUCGGCUUGAGCAGGUGGGUCGAGGACCAGAGCUAUUACACCGCGAGCAGAUGCAAGCUGCCGAUCAAGUGGAUGGCGCCGGAGAGCAUCAAUUUUCGAAGAUUCACCACCUCCUCCGACGUCUGGAUGUUCGGCGUAUGCAUGUGGGAAAUUCUGAUGCUCGGUGUGAAGCCGUUUCAGGGCGUAAAGAACCACGACGUGAUCCACAAGCUGGAGAACGGGGAAAGACUAGCCUUACCAAAUCACUGCCCUCCGCGUUUAUACUCUCUCAUGUCGCAGUGUUGGAGCUACGAGCCAAGCAAGCGGCCAACGUUCAAAGAGAUCAGAGAAACUUUACAUGAGAUUCUAUUGGAGGAGAAACAUCAGCAGCAAGAGACGAUGAAGCGUGAAAACAGAAGAGUGCAGGCCAUGUCUUGGGGUGCAGACGAUGUACCACCGCCGAAACCUUCGAGGCAACCGCAAAACACAUCGGACCAAUCUCAGUUGACCGCCGCGGCCCCAGUCUCUACCUAUAUCGUGGCGCAAAGCCCUGAGGUUCUCGCGCAGCUGCUCAAGGACAAUCAAGCCAGGGGGGUAUGUCCCUCCGUGUACACGACGCCCGCCUCACCCUUCAACACCCUCGCGGUCCAGUUCCAAGACGAGGACCAAGUCCUGACCACCGCGGUGGUCUCUGACCUACCGUUUUUCGAUCCGGCCGUCUCGGAACCGUCCGCUUCCCACGACACCACCCAAUCGGCCGAUUCUACCUUGUCCGAUACCACCAAUCUCGACUCUCUCGAAUCCUCGGACACCACCGCUCCCCUCAUGUCCAGCCUGACAAUUUCAGAGACGUCACAAGCCCAAUCACCCGCUGCAAACAGAAAGCAGCAGCAGCAAAAGGUUAAAGAGAUGCAAAAUUUGUACGCGGUCAGCUCGAAAGUGGUCGGUAGCAUAACCGGGGACCUCUAUUCGCCCGUUCAGAAGUUCUCCGCGUCGAACGCCGUGCCGGUGACCACCGCGGCGGCGAGCUGCGGUGAAAUAUACGGCCCCGUGGCCAAUUUCACCCAGAGUUCCGCCAUCGUUGGCAAUCUCAGCCAGAGUCCGAGCGUCGGCGGUAAUUUCGGCGAAAACCCUGGUAACUUUGGGCCUAGUAGCUUGAACAGUAUCGUAGGUCCCGGCAAUCCGACUGCUCAGACCGCAAGUUUCGCACAGUUCCCCAGUGCUGGCGUGCCUCAAACCGCGAACAUGUUCGUCGUAGCUCCGAAUCCCGUGCAAAACGUAUCAGUUGCAGCAGGCGCGUAUCCUCGCGUGCCCGUCAAUUCUUCGUCGUCCAAUGACACCGUGUCCACGUCCACGGCAGAGUGUCUCUACGGACCGGUUCUCAAGUUCCGAGCGCAAAACGCACAGAGUCAAACCGUGACCGAGUUGAAGCCGAUGAACGCCUCGCUGGCUACCUGCGUCCAAGUCGCAAGGAGCAAUUUGGCGGCGGCGCCGUCAUCCUCGUCGUCGCAGAAUCUACAGAAUCUACAGAAUCUACAACCUCAGCCGAUGAUGAUGCACCCGCAGAAUUACCAGCAGCCACAGCAACAGCAAAUCUAUUCGAACAUUGGCCAACAAGCGCUGGUGGGAGCACAGCCGGUUUACCUGUCGCAGUCGCAACACGUACAGAACCUUCAGAGACAGAACAAUCCGCCGGUCCACCAACCGGUUUCUUAUAUACCGACGCAACAGCAGACCGGUCAGCAGAUCCAGGGGGUCCAGGGAACCCAAGGGAGCCAAGGAAGCCAGGGGAGCCAGGGAUGCGGCGCCAAUCCGAUUUACACGGCACACGCAACUUCCGUCACGGUUGUACAAGCUCACAAGGUCCUGCAAGGAGCCGCGUACCCGCAACAAAUGCAGCAGCAAAUCCAGCAUCAGAUCCAACAGCAGCCUGGAAUAUUACACUGCCAUGUGACCAGCUCGCAACCUGGCAGCAUGAGUCAGCAAUUAUCGUACGGUGCAGUGACUCAAAGUCAUUCGAUUCAGGCGCAGUUCGCUGUGGCGAGUGUCGCGGGUCAGCCUGCCAGUCAGCAAAUUGUCCAUCCGAGUACUUCGAGCUACGUCAUUGGCCAACAGCCCCUGCCCACGUCUCAGUGCAAUGUUACCAAUCUGGUAACGAGCACGGCGAACGUGGCGUACAUGCCGCAACCGGUGCUUUGCCAGCCCGCGAUCGUUAAAACCGUCGGGCCCCAGCUAGCCACCGGAAUUGCAAAGAUCACCACGUUCGUCGCGCAAAAACCGGAUGAACAGCUGACUAGUUCCAUCGACGGUACGCUCUCCGGAUCCCUGAUAUCCUCCGCUGUCAGCGACAGCACCAUGUCAUCGAGCAGCUCGAUGACAGAGGAGGCCCACCAAGACCAGAGAGCCGUGCAGUCGCAGUUUUGUGACAAUGUCCCGGAAAACUUUGGCAGCGGCAUCGACGACGAACAAAAGUUGUUGGAGCAACGUCUGCUGGAGCAGCAACGCCAGUCGGAAGAGGAUAGUCGGUGGUUGGCCAGAGAAGAGAAACGAUUAUCCAUCGCAACGAGCGGAGAUGAAAGCGCUAGUCCUCCGAUACCUCGCUCGGUCACCCAGUCGCCAAAUCACGAUCAACACAGUGCCAACACUGGGUCCCUUGGCUCUGACAAGGGCACGGAAAAAGUGAUCGUCGUAAAGAAAAUGGAACCCACGCCAACAGCGGACUUGGAUAGGGCCAACGACAAAGUCUACGAUUGCACUACCAGCGUCGUUCGUGCGGUCAUGUCCUUAUCUCAAGGUGUGCAGCAGAGUAAGGCGGAACAGUAUUUAGAAUUGGUUUGCAAGGUCGGUACCGAAUUGAGAGCACUCCUCUCGUCCGUUGACGCUUUGAUGAACAUAUUACCCAUAUCCACUCACCGAGAAGUGGAAAUGGCGCACAAAGUACUCAGCAAGAACAUGUCCGAAUUGGUGACCGCUAUGAGACGAGCUCAACAGUACAGUGCUACCACUCUGGACGCGGACUCUCGGAAAGACAUGCUGUCGGCUGCUCAUAUCCUGGCAAUGAACGCUAAGAAUUUGUUGGACGUCAUCGACUCGAUACGCAUUCGUUAUCCGUACGUGGACAAUCAGAUUUGCCAGAAGCAACAAAAUGAUGGCGUUCCCCAAGAGUCCACACCGGAGGGUCGUAUCCGUUCCAGUCAAUCCGGGGAGCAAUUUUUGAGGAGAAGCCAGUCGACCGAACGGCAAGGCACAACGUUUAGACAGAGUCAAAGCGGCGAUCUCCUGCACAGGAUGGGUCAGUCAGUAGACCGGCCUCUGCAGGGGAGUCAAACCGAUGUCAGUACCGGCUCCAGUUUAGAGAGAAGGCACCACAUCGUCACCAACAGUCUUGAACGUAAUUCGACGACUCGGCGACAAAUGGCGACGAACAGUUUAGAGAGGAAAAGACCAUCAUUAUCUUGUAAUAUCAGCCCUAUGAAUAAUUCCGUGAAUCUGCCGCCAAUGGUACCGGUUACCUGUAAUUUAGUCCAAACGGUAGGGCCCGUAAUUCAUCCCAGUCAAACCGUCUCGACAGGCAUUAGUCAACAGUUUGCACCUAACAAUAAAACGGUGAACGAGACCGCGACAAGUGAUAGCUAACAACGAGGUGCCUUGCAUUAAGGAGAACUUCGUGGAAAUAUUUAGGUUCGUAUGUAUGUACAUAGACGACAUCGUACAAGUUACCCCCGACUACAUCUCGCGCAUAACUCGGCGGCAGGAGAUUUAGUAUUUGUGCUUUACAGCCUCUUUUUAAUAUUUACCUAAACACAGACUUUGUCCAGACGUACUUAUAGAUAGGACAGUAUUCGUUAGACGUAGCAGUAGAAGAAGUAUCAUUAGAGAAGUAAGUCACAGCUAAUAAGGAAAUCACUCCAAAGCUUUAGAAUUAUUGUUAAUUUGUUGUUGUGUAACAACCGAAUAUACAGGGUGAAGCAAGAGGCACGCUUAACCGUAAAGACCAUCGUAAUCCCAUUGCCAACACGACAAAAGAAUGCUUUCUCCGCAUUAAUUAUUCGUUUACAAAUUGACAAAAAAUAAGUGAAAGAAGACUUACCGUUGAAACGACAUCGCGUAUACUGUAUACGACCCAUCAUCCCUCAGAGCUGUUUAUUGCAUCACCCUGUAUGUAGUUAAAUAAUUCUAUAUACAUAUAUACGUACACAUAUACACGCAUUUAUAUAUACAUAUAUAAAUUCGUGUGUGUGUGUAUUAUAUUUAUAAAUAAAUACAAAUAGUUCAAACGGUAAUAACUCGCGAAACGUUUAAUUUCAUGUAAGGCACGGAUCUUACAAUGUUGUUUUACAAAUUCAUAAUUUAAUAGUCUAUUUCCUGCUAUGGGGAGUGAUUACAUUGUAAAAAAAAAAAACGGGACUGAAUGUUAUUUCUAUUAGGUAAUUAUUUAGCGAUUCAUACCGAUUUGCGAAAUUUAUACAGAAUGUUUUAUAAAAGAAAAGAAAAGCGAAUCAUUCUUCAACGGCAAGUCAGUUCCUACGAGAUACAUAUUUAUAGAAAAUUUCAUCCUUGCGUAAAAAUAGUAUUGACAAUUUGUCAACACGAUGCGCCUAUGUGUGCGAUGCAUUUACGAAUCUAUCCAAUAUUCCAUAGAUAUAAAGUAUUCCAUUUUUAUAGAAUUUGUUAUUACGCGUGAUUCUCUGAGAAAUUUACUUUAACGCGAAAUAUGAGAUUUUGUAGUUAAUUUUUCUCUCAAUAAUUUUACGCACCGAUCAAUUGCACUUUCCUAUGCUGCAUCAUCCUACAACAAUGAAGAUUCUAAAUAGUAAUGUGCCAAGGCGUGUGUGCUUGUGUACUAAUAUUUAUUAAUCAUUUUAUCAAGGAUCUAUAACAUACAAGUACGACGUUCGAUGUUGCUACGCAAUCGCAAGCACAAGACACUAUUUUAUUCGUAAAUUAAAGAAACAUGAUACGCUAAUAGAGAUAAUUUUACAAUGACGUUGACAAUUGAUCAAAUUUUGACAAGAUUCGAUAAGACAAUUUUCAUUCUUCGUACAGAAUAUAUUACAAUAUUACUAUAAUUAAAUUCUGUUCGACAGAAUUGCAUUCACGCUGAUUCCCAUAGUCGGUUUCGUUGCAAAAUUUAUUCUAUGCGGUAUAACUUCGCCGCGUCGCAUAUCACAAUAUAUGAUGAUGUAAAUUAAAUUAAAAAUAAAAUUGACUGUACGUGAAAUAUGAAAUUCACAGCGAUAACGAAAUUUAGGAAGCGCAUAUCCUCAACAUGAAUUCUCAAUUAAAUCGUCCUAUUAUUGAGUGAUUCGAAUUUUCAUAAAUUUAUCGGACUACUUGUACCAAAUGAAUCAACUUGAUAAGACUAUUAAAAAGCUUUUUCAUUUUAGCUUCGCGGCUAAAAUUCUGCGGUCACAUUACACGAGAUGCAAAUUUUAUAAUCGACGACGGAACGAUAAACAUACGAGCCAUUUGUAAUUGUUAGUGCAGGCAAUUGUUUUCUGUACUACAAUUGCAAUUCUUUGAAAAGGGAAUAAGUGUUAAAGCGAGGGUAGUCUACGACGAUCGAUCAUGCUACUGUUAUCGGCCAGACGACGAAUCGUAAACGUAAGCACAGUGCGUAAUAAUAUUUCAAAGACAUUUAUAAAAUUGUGUAAAUGUAACUAUGUAUCAUGGUCACGAGCGAAAUAAACAGCGCGAAUGAUUUCAGUAUCACGAACAAUUGUCAAUCGACUAUUUACCGUGCUUGGAGCUAUAAUAUUUCACUCCAUUUAUCAACGAGCAUCUAGCGUAUUUAAUCAGCAGAGUAUUAACAUUUAGUUUGUCCAUUGUCAAGUUCUUGAAAUGCAAAAGAAAUGUUUGUAACAAGUAAAAAAGGGCGGAACAUAGA